CUCCCGCUUCCUCAACUUUGUUCCACGAAAGUAACGGAAAGCCCCCUGGGAAAAAGGUCUUUCCCAACUUAGCCCUUGUCAUUUUCCUCUUUCUCCGUCGUACCUGAGGCGGAAUCCGGCGGCCCUCGCCGGAAGGUGGUGCUGGAGGGUCUUCUUGUUGGCUCGGACUGAGGUCGCGAUACGCUAAACGGCAUGAUGGGGUGUUCCCUCAUCCCUAUGGAGAUGUCUACGCGCCUCCUGUGGAGUACUAGCUUCUUCCGCCACAAGUUGAUGUCGCUCCUCGCUUUCUUCUGUUAGGCUUGUCGACCGACCCCUUUCGACCCCUUUCUAGACGUUGUUGUUGAAUCGAAUCCAGAUCUGACCGUUGGUCGCUCCGAUCUGAGGCCAGUGAAUGGAUACCGGCCGCCAUCUUAUCUUUGACUCCUCUUCGUCCUCCACCCGAGCACGCUUGGUCGUGUUGGGCGGUGGGAAUCCUGUCUUUCGAGGCCUGAGGCCUGUUGUAGUUGGGGAGGAACGCAGUACCGCCAAGCGGCCUUUUUUUACAUCGCCGGACGAGAUCUAUGAAGACGAAUACUACGAGGAGCAGCUUCCGGAGAAGAAGCGCCGCCUUACACCUGAGCAGGUACACUUGUUGGAACGGAGCUUUGAAGAGGAGAACAAGCUAGAACCAGAGCGAAAGAGCGAGUUGGCUCGAAACCUGGGGUUGCAACCGAGGCAGGUGGCAGUUUGGUUCCAGAAUCGACGUGCAAGGUGGAAGAACAAGCAACUCGAGCAGGAUUUUGAUCGGCUCAAGUCUUCUUAUGAUUCACUCCUUGUCGAUCAUGACACCCUCCUCAAGGACAACGAGCACUUGCAGUUGGAGGUGAAAUCACUGAUAGAGAAGCUACAAGCACAAGAGCAAGGGGCCUCUGGGAUCACUGGGCUAAAGUUGGACGGCCAUGUAGCAUCGAGCACCGGAAGUGGCGGGAGCGCAGUGGUCGAAUUGGAGGGUGCGAACCAGCUAGUAGAGAGCAGCAGGGACUCGUACCUGCCCGAGGGCUACCCCUGCGAACGGCUGGUUCACGGCGAGAUGCACUCCGAGGAAGAUGACUUGAGUGAUGAGGGAUGUAGCUACUACCCUAAUGGCAUGUUCAUGGAGCACCAGGAUCAAGAGUGGCUCUGGAACUAAAUGUUUGUUAGUGCUGUUGAAUGUGUAUUUAGUCCUCAUGUAUGGUGAAGUCGAUGAGAUCGUAUGUGAUUAGAUAAGGAUUAGUGAGGGGAAAUAGUCUUCAUGUUUGUGUUAAUUAUCCCUUGACAAAUAAAUUAUGUUUGCUUCCUUCCUA